CAAUGGAUAGCAAACGCAGCAAACUAUCUCUCCUUUUUCUUCCUCAAGAAAUCAUCGAAGAAAUACUGUCAAGACUUGCGGUGAAAUCACUCUUGAGAUUCAGGUGCGUUUCAAAGUCAUGGCGCUCUUUGAUUGGCAGCGAACGAUUCAUCAAAACCCACCUCCAAAAUUCAUCAAAAAACGCAGCUCUUGCCCAUCACAGGAAGAUUCUUUCCUAUGAUUCUCCCAAAUUUGUAAAUUGGUGGGAGUUCGCUGAUAUGGUGGGGUGCUGUAAUGGGCUGGUCUGUUUUCUCCAGAAACGAAGUUUUUUCUUGUGGAAUCCGGCCACUGGAAUCUCCAACAAAUUACCGGAAAUAGUGAUAGAGAAUGGAGAUAGAACCUCGUUCGUUUACAAAUAUGGGUUCGGUUGGGAUGAAUCGAGUGGUGCAUACAAGGUGUUUGCCGUUUUUGCUAGCAGACUUCACGAGAGUAUGUGCAAAGUUUAUAGCUCGAAGACAAAUUCAUGGAAGAUAGUAGAGGAUUGGGAGGAUGAUAAUGUAUGUGGUGCGGGGCAGUUCGCUAGUGGAAAGCUUCAUUGGCAUUAUCAUGAGGGUACUGGUGGAAUGAAUAUUGUUACAUUUGAUUUGAAGAGUGAGGAGUUUGGAAAGAUGGAGGUGCCAUGUCCAUGUGAUUCAAGGGUGUGGUUGGGCGUGCUCGAGGGUCGCCUUUGUGUAUUCUCUUAUAAUAAGAGAACACACUUUGAUGCGUGGGUUAUGAAAGAGGAUUCUUGGGUGAAAGUGAUGGCUGUUCUUGUCUAUGAGCCUUAUCAAAGUUACCUACUCUUUCCAACUGUUUUCAAAUGCCUAGAGGUAAAGAUUGGGCUAAUCCGUGGAUCGGUUAAAUGGGUUCAAAAUCUUAAUCUUGUAAAAGAGGAUGUGCUUUCGCUGUUCGACAUAAUCACAAGUUCCUUAGCAGCGAAUAUCUACGUUGAAAGUUUAGUCUCCCCGGUCUUUCGCAAAAAGGUUUGAAGGAUCUUGUGUUUGUGUUUUGUUUCUCUGUAAUAUUUCUUGAGAGGUGAGAGCACGAGGGCAUGUGUUGCUCCUCUUUAUUUCUACAGAGUUAUGUUUGAUUGAUCUUGGAUUGUUUUUGCUAU